AACUGGACAUUCAACCCCGUGCUAUUUUGUAACAUUUUCUGAGUGAAAUAUUAUUAUUACUAUUAUAGAGUACUUCACAAUAAAUUUUUUCGCAUUCAUCUUUAUUUUAGCCAUUUUUUGGUCCUUAUUGGAAGUUACUCUUUCCAAAGUAAUUUCUUGUGUAUUUACUCUGUCGUCAUUGCGGCAGACGACGUGACACAAAUCGAACCUCCCCGUCCGUUGGAAGUAGAGGGAAGGAGUGCCGUUGCUAGCGAAUGGACAAGACAACAUGGACGACCAGCGGGACGUUCAAACUGCCAAGCGAAACGGGAGCUCCGUCAGGUCGUUGUUACCGGCCGGCUCCGCGGUGGAUAUGGAGAUUAAACGGAAGAAAAUACGACAGAGCGCCUUAUUCCUGCAAACGGAGCCCAAAAGCAUGAAACGAUGCCCGAGUCUUCUGAACGACACUCUGCAGAUAGUAGAGGAUAUGAAUCUGUUGUACAUACGACAGAUUUCUAAGAAGCUACAGAACACUAACAUACAAGAAAAGCUUGACUUUGAGAUGCGAAUGCGGGAGGGUGCCUACAAGCUUCUGCUCGCCUGCAGUAAGCGAGAGCAGGUUCUUAACGCCGCCAAGAACCUGCUGACCUGCAACGCCAGGAUCAAGGCCUAUCUGACACAGCUGCAGAAGAAGAAAAAGGAGCAGGACAUGAUGGGAGCUGUUAAGAGACUUUCAGAUCCAGUUUCAGAUGACCGUGUGCCCUGUAAUGGGACAAUUGCAAUGUCUGGGCUGCGCAUUCCUUUAAUGUGGAGGGAUUCAGACCACUUUAACAACAGAGGGAGCUCUCGUCGAGUGGCGGUGUUCUGUGUGAUGCAGAUUGGCUCAGAGGUGUUUGACACACAGAUGGUGGUUGUGGACAGAUCAGUCACUGACAUCUGCUUUGAGGGAGUCACCAUCUUCAAAGAAACAGUUCCUCAGUUUGAGCUGAAGGUGGAACUGUGGAGCUGUGCUGUGGAGGAAGAGCUCACGGUGGUAAAUACACCAAAGAAACUGGCCAAGAAGCUCCGCAACUCCUUUGGAAAGACAGCUGGGAAGAAGCUGUGCCCUCUGCUGGACUCUCCAGACCCUGACACCUUUCUGCAGUACAACCCCAUACCCUUGGGAGCCAAGUACAGCCUGCUGGCCUACACUACGCUGUGUCUGCCCGAGGCUGAAGGCAGUUUUCAGUCUCACUCCCUCAUUGUCCUCCAAAAUGCUGAGUGGUCAUCUUGGCUUCCACUUUACGGCAACCUUUGCUGCCAGUUGGUGGCUCAACCUGCCUGCAUGACACAGAGCAUGAUGACCGGCUACCUGAGCCAGAAGCAAAAUGUGGAGGGGAUGUACCGAUGCUGCAGUCUUUACUGUGUGCUGAGUGCUGGCUUUUUGUCUUGUUACUUCACCCCAGAAGAAAUUGACGCUAAAGUGCAGCCCACUCUAAACGUACCCGUCAACAAGGACACCCGCAUCCGUGUGAUGGAGAAGGAGUCAGCAGGCCAGAAAUCCAGGAGUCUGUCCAUCAUCAAUCCUUCACCAGAGGGAUCUCAGACCAUCACCUUCACCACAGAAACCAGGGAUGAGCUGGAGGACUGGCUGGACGCCCUCCACCAGCACCUCUAUGACCAGAGCCAGUGGCUGCACUGCUGCAACCAGCUAAUGAAGAUCGAGGUCAAGUCACCACGGAAACCAUCACUCUUCCUCACGAAGCAGGCUGACUCUGUCUACAAUGACCUCAGUAUAAAUUCACCUGGAAAGUUUGAGGGCAUCACAGACAUCAUCCACAACAAGAUAGAGGAGACAGAUGGCCGCUUUCUUAUUGGUCAUGAAGAGGAGAAAGAAGUGGCUAAUUGGUCCACUCUGUUUGAUGGGUCACAUUCAUUUGUAGUGCAGAAGAAUGUUCUGUCCCAGAGCAAAACCUCCACCCCUUGUUCAAGUCCCAAUCCCAACAGCAGCUCUACAUCCAUCGGCAGCAAGAAGCGCCGUGCACCGCCCCCUCCUUCUAACAGAGACCCUUAUAUUCCUCCAAGCCGCCCAGCCAGACCUCCCCUCCCUGCUUCCCUUCAUCCUCCUCCAUCAUACCAGGAGAAGGAGAACUCCGACUCUUGCACUUCACGCCCAGCCACAAGGUCCAAAACUGGCAGGCCAUCUCUGGAUGCCAAAUUCUCUGCCAUCAUACAGCAGCUCCAGCGUAACAACACUGGAGGUGCCGGAGCUCUCAACCGUAAAAACGCUCCACUGGGCGUCCUCGAUGUGCAACCACAAAGUCAGCCUCAGGCUCCUCUCCAGCAGCUGGAGUACCAGAGCCACUACACCCAGAUCACUGAAGCCACAAGUGAACAUGGCUUCAUCAGACCAAGUCACGGGCCUGGUCCUGUUCCUGCACCGAGGAGCAAACUGAGGAAGUCUUUCAGAGAGAGGAUGAACCUUAAAGCCUUGUGACCUCGACUUUUGAACAUAUCUAGAUUUAACCAACUAACCCUACUUUACCACUUAUACAAAUAACUAUAACAACAGUUGUAACUUCAGCUGAAAUAUAAUAUAAUUGAUUCUAUCUCACUAGUUAUAAUAUGAUGAUAUUUUGGAGUUCUCCCAGCCAAGAAAUACUCCAGCACAUAUCACCUCCAUAAAACUGCAAGUAGUUUAAAGUAGUAUGUUAUUAGUGAGUAUUAGAGGUACUGAUAGGUGGAUUUUGUUACCUUUGGUCAGUCUAAGCAAACAUAACAUCGCCCGGCUCCAGCUCCAUAUAGAGUUCAUAGUGGUAUUUAUCUUUUUUAUCACAUUUCCCAAAAUGUCAAACCUGAUCUAAGGAUUGCUGGGUGACGAGAUCUCUUUAAAAAAAGAUUGUCACAAUGUCCAUCAUGACAACCCAAAUCCCGGUUGACACCACAUAUCACAAUAUCAAUAUUGUAUUGAUAUCUUCAGCACCACUCUCCAUUUAUAAACUUUCAUGUGCAGCUAACCCAUAGAUGAAAUUGAAAGCUGUAUGUUGGCCUGAGCGCUGCCAUCAUCAAUCCCACUAAAAUGGAAAGGCUUAUUUCUCAGCUUUGCCACUGGAACAUGGACCGAAGAAAGAGCCUUUGCAAAAGCACUCAAAUUGGAAUUGAUCCAUUGGCCAACUGUGGACGAGUCAUUCCUUUUGGAACUAUUGACUUAUUCCACUUACUGUGACAAUUUUAUGACCACUAUAGCAGAUUUUAAGGGAACAGGAUUUUAGGAGCAAUUGCGAGCACUAAUGUGACUUCUCCAUUUCCCAGAGGUCUUAAUAAUGGAGGAGUGACCUUGGUUUUCAGUGGCUACACAGUAUGUCCAACAUAAUUUAACACUGCAGCCCAUAAAUGCUAUGAACAUAAUUGAAUGAAUGAGUCUUUUGAGUGCCUAAAAUAAUGAGCGCCCUUGUGUUUGUGUUUUGAACAUAUCCAAUACUGCCAGCCACUAAAUAGUUCAACCACUUAACAAUCCCAUGUUGAAGAAUGCUAUUCAUAAUUACACACAGUGUACAAAACAUCAGAGUUAGCUACUUUUUCUGAAGACGCCUGGCCAGAUGAAGCAAUAUGGUGAAAGCUACAAUCCCAUUUUUGUUUUAUCUCACCUCAUUGUUUUUAAUCAACCGGGGGAGAUAUAAAUUUUGGCGUGAGGCGGAUUACAGGGGGAUUUAGUUUAAGCCUCGAAAGAACCGAGAAUGGUUUGUACAAAGCGAGAAGCUGCUCGAUAUUAGCAGCUUUUAAAAUGUUUUCCAAGCUCUGUGUGUAUUAUCAAUACAUUAGUCACUUUGAUCUUGUACUGUACUGUAUAUAUGUGGAAAACAAGGGAUAGCUCUAGGGUCAAACCACAUAGCAUUAUUUUUUUACUGACGCUCAAGUAGUAACCCCGUGGGCUACAUGCAUAUAGAUCAUAUCAAAACAAUAAUUAUAUUGCACUUCUGUAUCUCACCAUUUUCAGUUUGACUAAGCGCGCUUGAAAGAAAGAAUUUAAAUCAUAUGUCAAUAUAUUUGACAGUUAUUAUGAAAUAUAACAUUUCUGUAUAGUAUUUCAGAUUAACUGUGUGGUGAAAGCAGUUUUAUGCAACCAGUACAGUAAAAUGAUCCUCUUGUGGAUUUAAGCUUGAGGGAGAGGACAUCUAAAUGCUUUAUAACUGAACAUACUCACUUUCAUCAGAGCCAACAUAAUGAGCCAGAUUUACCUUCAUGUUUUAAACAUAUUUGUCUUUUGUGUUUUUUUUUAUUAAAAUGUUAUAUAAUUCCUUUUUAUAGUAUAAUAUUGUCGUGUCAUCUCAAUGUUCUUGUUAGCAUAUGAAUUAUUUAGACUCUUAAGUGGCUCUGUUCUUUAUGUACUAGUAAGUAGGGAACCAUUAAUCUUGUCCUAGUGCAGAGUAAUUUGUGAUAGUGCAAUGUUAUGUAAAGUACCGUAGUUAUUUUUGUUUCUCAAAAGGUGCAAUUUUCUCCUCACUCCCGCUCUGUUCACUGUUGUCUUGGAAGCAAACUGUAUUUUUUAUUAUUGCUGAUCUGCAAUAAAACGGCCUACAUUCUGUC